AAAAUGGUAAAUACCAUUUCCAUUUGGUUAUCCGCUUGAAUUUGAUUAUUGAUCGUUCUUCAUAACGCCAAAUAUUUGCGGUUUUUUACUAUAUUGUUUAAAGCACGCCACUAUACUAUAACCUGCAACAUGGCAGCAGACCCUAUACAACAUAGUUUCAUGACUACUGUGUGCUACUUUUUGCUUUGUGCUUUUUUGAAGUUUUAGGUUAGGUUUAUGAGGUUAGGUUCAAGAGUUGCUCGUGUUUGUCGAGUACAAAAUUAGAAUAUCAACAAUUUAAUUUAGUUUUAAGUUUGUGGUUUUGAGACUUUAAUCCACGAUGUCUGAUGAAGAGGAUGAAAAGCCCCGUCAUUUUCAUGAAAUGGAAUUGGACGAUCGGAUACUGAAGGCUAUUGCUAAGUUGGGAUGGCUGCAACCCACAAUGAUACAAGAAAAAGCAAUACCUCUGUUACUAGAAGGCAAGGAUGUUCUAGUUCGUGCUAGAACCGGCUCUGGUAAAACUGCUGCUUUUGCUAUACCAGUAAUCCAGAGGAUUUUAUGCUCCAAGAAGCUGGCAACAGAACAAGCCAUCAAAGCACUUAUUUUGGCUCCUAGCAAAGAACUGUGCCAUCAAAUUUGUGGAGUUGUCAAAGACCUUACAUACAAAUGCUCUAGAGAAGUAAGAUGUAUUGAUAUUGCACCUCAAGUAGACCUAAGUGUUCAAAAACCACUGUUAGUUGAAAAGCCAGACAUUGUUGUUGGAACCCCAGCUAGAACAUUACAACAUCUCAAGGCUGGUAAUCUGAAUUUAAAAAAAUCUUUGGAAAUGGUGGUUGUAGAUGAGGCAGACCUGGUUUUUUCUUUUGGUUAUGAAGAUGAAAUAAAAGAACUCAUGGGUUAUAUGCCUAAAAUCUACCAAGCUAUUCUAGCUUCUGCUACCCUAAGUAAUGAUGUUAAGAAUUUGAAGAGUCUCAUACUACAUAACCCGGUAACGUUGAAGCUAGAAGAACCAGAUCUAGCACCUGCAAGUCAGUUGACACAUUAUCAUUUGUAUGCUGAAGAAAUGGACAAGGCUGCUAUACUUUGUUCAUUGCUCAAGUUACAUUUGAUAAGGGGGAAAACUAUUAUCUUUGUUAAUACUGUAGACAAGUGCUAUAAGAUAAAACUAUUCUUAGAGCAAUUUGCAAUUCCAACUUGUGUCUUAAAUUCUGAACUACCUGCAGCAAUUAGAUGUCAUUCUGUGAACCAGUUUAACCAAGGCAUUUAUGACAUCAUAGUAGCAUCUGAUGAAAAAUCUUUGGAAGAUCCAGGAACUAAAAAAGAAGAACCAGCCAAAAAAUCAAAAAGAAAAAAAGAUAAAGAAAGUGGUGUGUCAAGAGGCAUAGAUUUUCAAUGUGUUGCAAAUGUUAUAAAUUUUGAUUUUCCUCAAGAUACUCAGGCCUAUAUACAUAGAGCUGGGAGAACUGCUAGAGGGAAUAACCAGGGUAGUGUUCUAUCAUUUGUGAGUUUAAAAGAAAAACAACUGUUGGAAAAAGUUGAAAAGAAAAUAAGGCAAGGAGAAAAUGAUGAAUCAGUAUUCAAGUAAGUGAAGAAAUAGUUUUUCAUUUUGUACCUUGCAAUAUAGCAAAUGAGCUAAAGAUACUGUUUUGAAAUUAAUAUUUAUUUCAUUUGUUAAGGCAUUUGUUUCUUAUGAUUUCAGGACUUAUCAGUUCAAGUUGAAUGAAAUAGAGGCUUUCAGAUAUAGAGCUAAAGAUGCAUGGAAAGCUGUAACUAGAAUUGCAGUCAGAGAAGCUAGGCUCAAAGAAAUAAAAAUGGAAAUUUUCAACUGUCAAAAACUGAAAAGCUACUUUGAAGAUAAUCCCACAGACUUGAACAUUUUGAGGCAUGAUAAAGCUUUGCAUACAGUUAAAAUUCAACAGCAUCUUGCUGAUGUACCUGAAUAUAUUGUGCCUCCUACUUUAAAGAGUUUAACUGGUAUAGCACGGAAAGGGAAAAGGAAGAGAGAACAUUUCAAUACUUCAGGCAGUUCAUCUUCUAAAUUUGAGGUUAAAAAGAGUAAUCCACUCUUAAGUAUGCAGUUUGAAGGGUUCAAGAAGAAAAAGAAAAAACAGAACACAUAAAUGCUAGUUACAUGCCAAGGGAAUUCAUAAAAUAAAAAAAAAGAAAUAUAAUUUAUUGCAGUAAAAAAAUAGCAUAAAAGUGUCUUACAUGAAUUUAUGUUAUUAAUAUGAAAAAAUAAAUAACUUUUAUAUUGUAUACAAACAUAUUCUCAUUUAUAAAAUACAGCUAAAAUUUUUACAAGAAAGGAUCAGAAGUAAAAAGUUG